UUUCCUUAUCAUUACACAACCAGAAUAUACUCCCUGUACUAUUUGUUCUCAGAAAUGAACAAGGCUUUCCUCCUUGCUUGCUGCAACAAGGUCUGUUACAAAAGGAACCCAACGCAUGGCAUAUUCUGGUGGAAGGGAAGACAGUAACGACUCACUCAAAAUGCCUCUUUGUUUCCUCCUGGUUUUCCUUUCGUUUCAGCAUGGCGCUUUUUCACUAGUAGAUACCAGCAAAUUUUUAAUAUACAAUGAAAACCACAAGCUUUGUGUUUACGCACAGUCUUCAGAUUAUGUCACUACUCGUGCCUGCAACCACGAAAGUGAGGCACAAAAAUUUAGAUGGAUUUCCAGUCAUCAACUAAUGAGUGUCUCUUUGAAGUUAUGUCUUGGAGUAUCUUCAAAGAUUGACUGGACACCAGUUUCUCUGUACCCAUGUGACUCAACAAAAGAUCUCCAGAAAUGGGAAUGCAGAAAUGACACACUUUUUGCCAUCCAAGGAGAAGAUCUGUUUUUCAACUAUGGCAACAAAAAUGAAAAAAGAAUUAUGUUAUACAAGGGAUCAGGCCAAUGGAGUCGGUGGAAGGUCUAUGGAACCCAAGAUGGCUUGUGCUCCUGGGGCUAUGAAGACACGUUUACCUUGAAAGGCAAUGACAACGGGGCACCUUGCGUAUUCCCUUUCCAGUUUGAUGGCAACUGGUAUGCUGAGUGUACAGAUGUUGGCAGGUCAGAUGGUUGGCUCUGGUGUUCAACCACGAGAAACUUUGAUACAGACAAGAAGUAUGGAUUCUGUCCACUGAAAUUUGAUGGAAUGGAAAAGAUGUGGAACACAGACCCUUUGACAAACGUACAGUACCAGAUAAACGCAAAUGCUGCUCUAACAUGGCAUCAAGCUAGGAAAAGUUGUCAGCAACAAAGUGCCGAUUUGUUGGGCAUUACAGAGUUACAUGAGCAAAUGUACCUGGCAGGGUUAACUUCCACUUUGAGUACUGAACUCUGGUUUGGUCUUAACAGUUUGGACUCCAACAAUGGAUGGCAAUGGAGUGGUGGCCUUCCUUUCAGAUACCUAAACUGGGCGCCAGGAAGUCCUUCCCCAGAGCCUGGGAAAACCUGUGGAACAUUAAAUCCCAAUAAAAAUGCCAAAUGGGAAACUCUAGAAUGCAGUCAGAAACUUGGUUACAUUUGUAAAAAAGGAAAUGCCAGUCUGAACUCCAUCGUUAUUCCUCCAGAAUCAAAUGUGCCUAUUAAGUGUCCUGAGGGGUGGAUCUCAUAUGCAGGCCACUGUUACAAGAUUCACAGAGAAACCACCUUGUGGAAUGAUGCCUUAGCAUUAUGCAGGAAGGACGGUGGAGAUCUUGCAAGUAUACACAGUGUUGAAGAGUACAGCUUUAUAAUUUCUCAGCUUGGGUACAAACCAACUGAUGAAUUGUGGAUUGGGCUGAAUGACCUCAAGGUUCAAAUGUACUUUGAAUGGACAGAUGGAACCCCUGUGACAUACACUAACUGGCAACGUGGAAAGCCGACUCAUGUCAGCAACAGGCAAGAAGAUUGUGUGGUUAUGAAAGGAAAGGAUGGGUUCUGGGCAGAUCAAUGUUGUGAUGUGAAACUUGGAUACAUUUGCAAAAGGAAACCAUUAAAAGAAGCUCCAGAAGAAACAGAGAUAUUUGAAGAAGGCUGUCAGAAAGGUUGGAAAAGACAUAGUUUAUACUGUUAUAUGAUCGGAAAUGUAUUUGCAACAUUUGCUGAAGCAAAUCAAACAUGUAUAAAGGAUGGUGCGUAUUUGGCUUCUGUUGAAGACAGAUACGAACAAGCAUAUUUUACCAGUUUGAUUGGGUUCAGGCCAGAAACACAUUUCUGGAUUGGUCUUUCUGAUGUACAAGAAAGAGGAACAUUCAGGUGGGCCAGUGGAGAACUUGUCAAAUACACUCACUGGAAUUCAGAAAUGCCUGGACGGAAUCCAGGCUGUGUUGCCAUGAGGACUGGAAUUGCAGGUGGCUUAUGGGAUCUUCUGAAAUGUGAGUCAAAGGCAAAAUUUCUUUGCAAGCGCUGGGCUGAUGGAGUGACUCCUCCACCUAUACCAACAACAACUCCUGCCCCCAGAUGCCCUGAUGACUGGAGCCCCAGCGAUGAGAGGAAUUUGUGCUUCAAAGCUUUCUUGAGGGAUGAUAACAAAAAAUCGUGGGCUGAUGCUCAGAGUUUUUGUAGAGCCAUGGGAGGUGAGCUGCUCUCCAUUAGUAGUUCCAGAGAAGAACGUUCACUGCAGCGCUAUCUAUCGAGUCAAGGAUUCAGCAGUUCGCAUUUCUGGCUAGGUUUAAAUUACAUAAGUCCGACUGAAGGAUUUUCAUGGAGUGAUGGCUCUCCAUUUGGAUAUACAAAUUGGGAAUAUGGAGAGCCCAAUAAUUAUAAUGAAAUAGAACACUGCGCAGAGUUAAACGCAAAUUUUCGCAUGCGCUGGAAUGAUAUACACUGUGAGGACUUACACAACUGGAUUUGUCAGAUUGAAAAAGGAGCACAAGUAAAACCUGAACCAACAGAGCCGUCUCUGCCAAAAUUUCAGUUUACCAGUGAUGGGUGGCUCAUCAAUGGAGACAAGCAGUAUUAUUUCAGCACUAAUAAAGUUCCUAUGGAAAAAGCACGGGAGUUUUGCAAGAAGAACUCUGGGGAUCUGACUGUAAUUGAAGGCAAUACUGAAAGAAGGUUCCUAACAAGAUAUAUCUCUCAAAAGGACAUGCUGGAGAAUUACUUCAUUGGUUUAAAGCUGAGCAUUGAUAAGCAGGUUAGUUGGAUGGAUGGAACCCCUGUGCAGUAUUUAGCCUGGGCACCACAUGAACCCAACUUUGCAAACAAUGAUGAAAACUGUGUGGUCAUCUAUAGAAACACAGGACUUUGGAAUGAUAUAAAUUGUGGUUACCCACAACGUUUCAUAUGUGAAAGACACAACAGUUCAUUCAAUGCAACAGUUGGUCCUACAACCCCUCCUGUACCAGGAGGAUGUCCAGAAUCCUGGCUUUUGUUUGAAAACAAGUGCUACAAAAUAUUUGGGUUUAAAGAAGAAGAACAAAAUACUUGGAAUUCUGCACGAUCACUUUGCCUGGACUUACAAGGAAACCUGGCUACUGUAUCUAAUGAAAGAGUACAAGCCUUCCUUACUUCCCAGUUAAAUAAUUUCCUGAUGGAUGCAUGGAUAGGAUUAAAUGAUAUCAACAGAGAGGACAUGUUCCUAUGGACAGAUGGAAGAGGAGUCUACUACACAAACUGGGCAAAAGGCUUCCCAUCAUCUGGUUAUGAGGGAGACAGGGAAGACUGUGUUGCAAUGAAAAACAGGCCUCUUAAAGAAGCAGGGAGUUGGAGACAUUUUUACUGUUCUGAAAAGAAAGGCUAUAUUUGCCAAACCAAUACAGACCCCCAGACCUCUGUUCUUCCAUCAGCCACUCCAAUAUAUCGUAUCCGUUAUAAUAACAAUACCUACUUCUUCCUUGAAACCAAAAUGACAUGGAAGGAUGCCCGCAAAAGUUGUGAACAAGAAGGCUUUGACCUUGCUAGUAUUUUAGAUCCCUUCAGCCACUCAUUCCUUUGGUUGCGGCUUUUAAAAUUUAAAAGCCCUGUGUGGAUUGGCCUCAAUAGCAAUGUGACCAACGGACAAUAUGCAUGGAUUGAUGCAUUCAAAAUGAAGUAUACAAAAUGGGCUGCAGGGGAACCAAAACAGAAUUUUGGUUGUGUUUAUCUAGAUCUGGAUGGAACCUGGAAGACAGGAUCAUGUAAUGAAAAUUAUUUCCCACUCUGUAAAUAUUCUGAUGUGAAGGCACCUACGGAACCACCUCAACUUCCAGGAAAGUGUCCAGAAUCAGAGGAGAAGCCUUGGAUUCCUUUCCGUGGCCACUGCUACCACUUUGAGUCCACAUCGAAAAAAACCUGGCCUCAGGCAUCUUUAGCUUGUUUACAAUUAGGUGGUGCUCUGGUUUCAGUAAUGGAUGCAGCUGAAUCACACUUUCUAGCAGAAAAUACGGAAUCUCUUGAAAGCAAAACACAUACAUUUUGGAUAGGAAUGUUCAAAAAUCUGAAUGGUAAUUGGUUAUGGAUUGACAACAGUGAAGUAGAUUUUGUCAGCUGGAAUAUUGGAGAACCCUCUUCUCACAGUAAUGAAGAGUGUGUGGAAAUGUAUUCUUUAUCUGGGAUGUGGAAUAACAUUUAUUGCAGAACCUACAUGGGAUAUGUUUGCAAAAGAAACAAAAUUGUUGAAAUUGUGCCUACUGCGAAGGUUCCAGAAAAGAAAGAACCAAGAAAGACAGAUGAUACUCCUGCACCAUCCCACAGCAAAGCUGCCAUUGUGGUUGUUGUGGCAGUCCUCAUCCUCACAGGAGCAGCUCUCGCCGGUUACUAUUUCUACAAGAAAAGGCAUCAACAUAGGCUGACAGAUGACAACUUUGAGAACUCUCUCUAUUUCAAUAGCAGCUCCACUCCUGGAACUAGUGACACAAAGGACCUUAUGAUGAACAUGGAACAAAAUGAGAACGUUGCCAUUUAGUCUGAUAAAAUAUAAACUGUGCCUUGUUUUGAAAAAAAACACACAUAUUGGACUCCUGAAGCAUUCUAUCAAAAUUUCUUUUUCUUGCACAAAAUAGUUGUCACAAGCCCAUCUGAUUCAGAAUUUUUAUUUGCAUGGUAGAUGCAGCAAUAAUUUUACUUAGUACUUCUAGUAAUUCAGGAGCUUUGUAUUCAAAAUAAGCAAAGCUACUAUUUUGCCCAGUGGCUGGGUGAUUAGAUAACUGACUGCUGGAUAAUAGAAGUUAACACAGUACUUGAAAGGAGAUUGAUUCUAAAACAGACACAUGCAGUCAAGGGGAACCAUUGCUAGAUGAAAAUAAAUGCUUAAUUAAUAAUUGA